AUGUCGUUCUCUUCGAAUAAGAAAGAGGCCCAGGUUGAUAGUUCACUGGCGGGCGCUUACCAAGCUGCUCCUGUGAAAUCUAUGAUUUACGGACGAGGAACUGGAAAGACUCUCGCAAAUGUGAUAUCCACGCUAGGAGCAUCCCGAGCAUUCAUCAUCACCGGCCAAUCCCUCAGCACCAGAACCCCCGUAAUAAAAGAGAUCGAAAAAUCCCUGGGAAAUUCCCACGUAGGAACUUUCAACAAGAUAGCACAGCAUGCACCAAUACUAGCUAUCCGCGAGGCCAAGAACCUCGCCCGAGAGACGAGAGCAGAUGUUCUCAUCUCGAUAGGAGGAGGAUCUCCCAUUGACAGCGCGAAGGCCGUAGCGUAUCAGAUUUUUGUCGAAACUAGGAUAUGGAUUCCUACCGUUGCGGUGCCGACUACGUUGAGCGUGGCGGAGACGACGCAGAACGCAGGAUUCACAAAUGAAGAGGGGAAGAAGGUUGCUAUCCGUGCUCUUGAUCACGCAAUAGAGCUCCUCUACCACCCCCUCGCCUCCGAGAUUCCCACAAAACGCCUAGCCCUAACAGCAAUAACGGAUCUCUUUGCUCUCCUCCCCCUCUCCCUCUCCAACCCCACAGACGCCGAUGUCCGGCAAAAGCUCUUCCUGGCUGCUUACGCCUCGCUCUUCCCUUUCUCGUUUACAGGAGGUGUUGGACUGAGUCACAGUAUUGGCCAUGCUUUGGGAGCAACUUAUAGCAUCCCGCAUGGGAUCACGAGUUGUUUGACGCUUGCGCCAGUUAUUGAACUGAAGGCGAGGACGAGGCCGGAAGAGGCGAGGCAAAUUGCGAGGGUGUUGCCGUAUAUCGGAAUUGAGAGUACAGGGGAUAUGGGUAAGGAUGCGGAGAGGGUAAGCUUGGGGGUUGCUAGGUUGGUGGAGCGGCUGGGGCAUAAAUCGACAUUGUCGCAGUAUAAUGUACCAGCUGGAGAAGAAGUAAGCAUUGCGAUGAACGCUUUGGUGAAAGGGAGGGAACAUCCUGAUUAUCAAAAUGUGGUGGAUAUCCUUCAUAGUCUGUAUGGAACGGAGGAUAAAAGUGUCAUGUAG